AUGGCGCUCCCUCACGUUAUCCUGCUGGUGGGAGUCCUGGCAGAAGUUACUGGCACAUCCACAGAAAGUACGGUCCAGCAGCCCAAGUGUUGUGUGGAGGUGGCAGAUGCCAAUGCCACCUGCCCUGGCACAGGCCUGUGUGGUCCAGGCUGCUACCGGCACAGGGCCGAGGACGGGAGUGUCAGCUGCCUCCAGUGCCACAACACCACCUUCCCAGCCACCGCCACCAAUGGCUCCGAGUGCAAAAGCUCCUCCGGCCGGGGCGAUCCCUUCCCCGUGAAUAGGAGUACAGGGACACCUGGGCUGCCAGGUUCUGGGGGUCCCCGAGUGGUUGCUUCGCUUUUUCUGGGGACGCUCUUCGUCAGUUCCGGCCUCAUCCUCUCUGUGGCCAUGUUCUUCUACCUCAAACGCACCAGUAAACUCCCUGCCAUCUGCUAUGGAAGGAACAAAGCCCCGGCCCAGCAGCCUGGCGAAGCCGCUGCGAUGAUCCUCCCGCCACAGUCCUCAGUGCGGAAGCCGCGCUAUGUGAGGCGUGAGCGACCCCCGGAAAGGCCCCUUGGUGCCGCAGCCAUCCCCUCAGUGGAGGCUCGAGUCAGCAGCGUCUAA